UAGGCCUAGAACAUACUUCACAGUAGGAACACAGCUAUCUGAGAUCGGCCAUGACAUCAAUUUUAUUUUUCCUAAAACAAGCUGUAUCAAACACAAACUCGGGAACAUGAAAUGAAAACAAGAAGUGGAAAAACUCUUGAUGCAGAUGGUCAAAACAUAUUAAAGACAAAUUCAGCCAAAAUAAUGGCAGGAAAUGGAAGCAACAAAAUAUUUUAUACAGUAUUUGUCUCCCUUAUUCUUGAUUUAUUGGCUUUUACUGUGAUACUUCCAUUAUUGCCAGGAUUGUUGGAACAUUACAGUAACAAUGACCAGACUGGCCUGUUUUCUGCAUUGAAAAGUGGCGUCUCUAGGUUCAGUCUCUUUGUGGGGGCUCCAGACACACCAAGAUGGAAUUCAGUUUUAUUUGGUGGCCUGAUUGGAUCCCUGUUCUCAAUGCUUCAGUUUCUGACAUCACCCAUCAUUGGUGCAGUGUCUGAUGUGUAUGGCAGACGGCCAAUGAUGCUCCUCAGUUUGUUUGGGAUCGCUUUGUCAUAUCUGUUAUGGGCUUUAUCAAACAACUUUCUCAUGUUUGUCAUCGCAAGAAUAGUUGGCGGAAUAAGCAAGAGUAAUGUUAGCUUAGCUACAGCCAUUGUGACGGAUGUCUCCACACCACAACAGCGUGGGAAGGGAAUGGCUCUGAUAGGAAUAGCCUUUUCAAUAGGGUUUGUGUUUGGACCAACUAUAGGAGCGGCCUUCUCCAUCCUGACAAAAGACAGUGAGGCAUCCGUGCCCUCCCUCACACCCGCCCUGUUCUCUCUCUGCCUCUCCCUCAUAGAUAUUGUCUAUGUAUAUUUAUAUCUGCCAGAAACCUUGCCAGCCAGCAAGAGGUUAAGUGCCAAGAGUCUACUGUCUCAUGCAGCCCAGUACAUCAGCCCUGUGGCCUUAUUCAAGUUUUCUUCUGUCCAGAACCUGUCACCAUCUGAAUCCUCCAAAGUUCAAAAGCUCGGUAGAAUUUAUUUUAUUUUUUUGUUUGUUUACGCUGGACUGGAGUUUACCCUACCAUUUCUCAUGCACAACAGGUUUCAUUAUUCCAGCAUGCAGCAGGGCAAAAUGUUUUUUUACAUUGGAACUGUGAUGGCACUAGUGCAAGGUGGAUACACAAGAAGAAUAACACCAGGAAAAGAAGCCAAGAUAGCUUCACAUGGGAUCGUGAUUCUCAUCCCAUCCUUCCUGUUGAUGGCGUUUGCCACGGUGCCCUGGCUGAUGUAUACAGCUCUGACUCUCUUUGCCUUUGCAUCAGCAACUGUGGUGCCAUGUCUAACCACUCUGGUGUCUACCUAUGGGGGAGAUCAUGAGAAGGGAACCAUCAUGGGAAUCUUCAGGUCUCUGGGAGCACUAGCUCGAGCCAUAGCACCCAUUUUAGCCUCGUUUGUGUACUGGGGCUUUGGUGCUCACAUCUGCUACACCAUUGGAGGGAUUCUUCUUCUGCUGCCCUUAUUACAAGUCAUAAGCCUUGUCAAAGGAAAGACACAAUAGACUUUUAUAGCACUAGCAUUAAAGAGCUCUCAUUAACACACUUCCUGUCAUAACAUUAUGCAAGUUCAUUGUUUCAACUUGACAAAAAUUUAUAAAAAAAGUAAUAGAAUUGAUUUUAUGUAAUUAUGUUACACACAUUUAAAAAAAAUAGAAUUGAUUUUAUGUAAUUAGGUUACACCAUAUGUUGUUUUUACAUAACUAUCUUCAAAUGGCAGCAUGAGUAGCACUACAUGUAGUUACCCAUGCUGACACCCCUUCAAUGGCAGCAUGAGUAGCACUACAUGUAGUUACCCAUGCUGACACCCCUUCAAUGGCAGCAUGAGUAAGGCUACAUGUAGUUACCCAUGCUGACACCCCUUCAAUGGCAGCAUGAGUAGCACUACAUGUAGUUACCCAUGCUGACACCCCUUCUAUGGCAGCAUGAGUAGCACUACAUGUAGUUACCCAUGCUGACACCCCUUCAAUGGCAGCAUGAGUAGCACUACAUGUAGUUACCCAUGCUGACACCCCUUCUAUGGCAGCAUGAGUAAGGCUACAUGUAGUUACCCAUGCUGACACCCAUUCAACAGUGAUAUAAAUAUAUCUAAUAAACAUUCACUUCAACUAAAGCAUGAGGGAGGUGUACCAAUCUAAACAUUCACUUCAACUUGUGGGAGGUGUACCAUCUAUUUACACAAAAUGUACAAAUCUCAUUGACUGGGAAACUAUGGAUAAAAUUGUUUAAAUUGCAUUUGAUCUCUUUUAUUGGUGUUAAAAUGUUUGAACUGUGAACACAGCCAAUAGGGGUGGUCAUAAGUGUGAU